AUGGAUGGUAGUAAAAAGUUUAGUUCUUUAAUUAAUAUAUUUAGUAAAUAUUUUGGUGAGAGUUCAAUCAGCCAGUUGAAAACGGGAUGUAAUAGACCGACUAUAUUGAUCGCUGGUAAUCAGCUGACUGGCAAGUCAACGAUGGCAAAGAAGUUGGCGAAUCACUAUGUCGGUGGUGAAUUCUAUUCGGUCGGUAUGAUGUUUAGAGAGUUGGCUGCAUCGCUAAACAUAUCGGUUGGCGAACAAUCACGACUUCUCUUGGAAUUGGAAUUAGCAGAACAACAAAACCUACCACCCAACAAGAGUAAUCCACUCUAUGGCAAGAAAGUAGAUGUUGAAAUCGAUUAUAGAACAUUGAAGAUCAUACAGAAUAACAAUAACAACAACCAACAACAACAACAAAACAAAUCAAUUGAUAACUAUUAUGUUAUUGAAGGUAGACAACCAGCGUUAUUAGGUACCUACUUGAAAGAGGAACUGAACAGAGAGAAUCUCAUUAGAAUCUAUGUGGAAUGCAGUGUCCGAGAGAAAUCGAUCAGAUUCUUGGAGCGUGAGAUCGGAAAGCAAGCAGCUGAAAUCGCAGAGAAAUCGAUACCGCAUGACACCAACCUAAACGAUCUAUCGAGUGUCACCGAAUACAUAUCAAAGUUGAAUCUGCCAAACAUCAGCGACGUUGUAAAUAAAUUUAAAGAAAAUCAAAAUAGAGAUUUAAAUGAUAGAAAUAGAUAUAUUAAUCAAUAUGGUUUGGAUUAUGAAGAUAAAUCAUUUUAUGAUUUCGUAGUCGACACUUCAAAUGCAACUUCAGAUAUAAAUUUGCGAAAAGUUACAAACUAUAUAGAUUCAUUACCAAACUAUAAGUUUGAAAUAAAACAAAGAUAA